ACGAUUAUCAGCAUCUUCGUCGACGACAUAAAGCCAGGGCUAAGUUAUUGUACUAAGCUAAAGCUUUAUGGUGUGUACUAUUCCAGCAUACAAUUUGGUUGGACACUGUCUCAUGCAUGAUAGUGAUAAGUAUCUAUACAAUGCAUCUCAAUCAAAGACACCCCGAUCCGAGGUCGCUCUAGGCCGACGACUUCGGAAUAUCACGUGCAUUACUCACGAAAUAUUUUCAUAAAACCGAACCGAACGCACCCGUCGCUCUCCCCUCUCCCCGCACCGGGCAAAACCAGUUCAGUCAGUGCCGGGCACCCGUGCGUAUCGGUCGUCUUCACAGAGUGAGUCCACGUCGCGUUGUGUUACGAAAAAACAUCUUUUGUACCAAAACCAAGUGCUGUGGAUUGCAAUACAGUGGUCGUGUGAGAUUGUGCUUUCUUUAUGUGAUGUUCCUGUAUUCUAUUGUGGAUUUCUCUUAAGUGUGACGCGUUCUGUGUGCCGUCGGACGCCUCCGAUCUCGGGAUAUCAUUAAGGUAUAAAUAGUUGCAGUUACAGUGAAAUAGUACUGUGUGCUUGCCUAAUGGACGCGUAAUGGUGAAACGGGAUUUAUGAUGCUGCCACAAGAUGAUCCGACAAUUUGACCAGAACAGAACACCGGCCCAAUAGCUCCACCGCCCACGGUCAUCAUGACGUGGAGACAUUCUGAACCACUGGAAAAGACUAUCUCUAGCAAAAGAAAGAGCUUGCAAGAUCUCAAACCAUUACUAGAAGACAGAGGAGGAAUAAAAACUAGAAAUGGAGAUGGGAGUGAAUAUAGCAAUAAUAGAAUUAAAGGAUUAGAAAAUAAUAGUUUUGCUAGUGAUAAAAUUACUGUGAAAAGUUAUAGUAGGUAUGGGAGUGGUCGGUGGUGCUUUAGGUUUAAAACUAUAGUGGUUUUGUUAAUUGUGAUCUUUGUGGAGACGAGAUUGUUGGCUGAAGCGAGAAGUCCAGAGCCAAGAUAUGAAACAGCGUACGCAUGUGAAGGCAAGACGUUGAAGAUUGGCUGCAGUGAGGGCUCAGUCAUACACCUAAUACGAGCAAACUAUGGCAGAUUUUCCAUCACCAUUUGCAAUGACCAUGGCAACACGGACUGGAGUGUCAACUGCAUGUCGACGAGGAGUUUACGGGUUUUACAUAGCAGAUGUAGCAUGCAUCAAAACUGUAGUAUAUUGGCGAGCACCAACAUGUUCGGCGACCCGUGUCCGAACACCCUCAAAUACCUGGAGGCGCAUUACCAAUGUGUGCCAGCGUCAACAACAAGCACAACCAACCGCCCAUCGCCGCCAUGGCUGAUCACGUCCCAGCCCACAGUCUGGCGGUCCACCGCACCACCAGUUCCCAAGAGCCCGGUGCAAACCCAGCAGGGGGAGAGGAAGAAGCCCACGGUCAUCACUCCACCUACCUUCAGGCCGCACAUUACUCUACCGCCUGAAGUGAAGCUGGGUGAUGUAGGAACUAAGGCAACGACGCGCCAGCCAGACACGUCAUCAGAGCGGGAUCCCCCGCAGACUCCGCUGGACGUGCCCGAGGUCAAGGAGGAGCCGAAGGUGGACCCUGACAGCACCAGGAACGACAAGCCCAACAAAGACGAUGAUAUUGUAGCAGUAACGGAGGAAACUAUCCACUGGCCCGUGAAGGAUGAAGACUCGGACGCGACGUCUGCAGACCACAUCCCGCCAAAAGAGACCAGACCCAACACGGACAUGGAAGACGAUAUUGAAAAGAUGUUCUCCACAAGUUCGACGGUGAACCUGGGUAGACGAGCGUACUGUCCCCAGGUGAACGCUCGAGGUCUACAUUGGAACUGGACCGUGGUCAACACGUAUGCCGUGCAGCCGUGCCCCGGGGGCGCCAGUGGACUGGCCAAGUGGAAAUGCACACUGAUCCCAUACCAACACAUGGAUGAAGACCGCACUAGACGACGCAGCAACCUGCAAUCUGGAGAGAACUAUCACGACCUAGGUCUAGACCAGGCCAACGAUAGGCUGAUUUCUAGACUCGGAUCUGAUGCUUUACUUAAAGGUCGAGAUGGAGAUUCACCUGAUCACAUCAUCGACUAUAGGGGAAGUCUAGAAGUUCAACCGAACCAACAUCCCACUAGUGACAUCUAUGUGGAUUCGGUACCAGAAUGGCAUGGCGCAACUCCAGACUUGAGCGAGUGUCGCUCGGUGUGGCUCAACAGCCUCGAGGCGCGUGUUAAAGAGGGCGAGAGUCUGCUCAGCAUCAGCAACGAUCUGGCUCAGGUGACGUCAUCUAAAACCCUGUACGGAGGAGACAUGAUGAUCACCACCAGCAUCAUGAAGAAGCUAGCUCAAGGCAUGGCUCGAGACGUUAAAACUUUCCCCGACGCCCGCCAGAGGGAGGCCCUGGUCGCUGACAUGCUGCUUGGGGUCAUUAAGACUGGUUCGAACCUUCUAGAAGACAACCAACGCGCCUCGUGGGCGGACUUGAGUGCCGAAGCCCAGAACCGCGCAGCCAGCGCGCUGCUGACGCAGCUGGAGGAGAAUGCCUUCCUGCUGGCUGAUGCGAUAUCUGAAGAGAAGAAUAUACUGCAGACUGUGAAGAAUAUUUGUCUGUCGGUGAGAGUGUUGGAAGUAAAGAAUGUGGAAGACGAGACCUUCCCAUCAGUGACGGCACAGGAACAGUGGAAGGGGUCAGAAGACUCUAUCACCAUUCCCAAGGCUGCUUUGCAUGAAAACCGCCAAGACGGCCUGGUCCGUAUCGUGUUCUUUGCCUUCAACCGCCUGGAGCAGAUCCUCCCCCCCACCUUCGGGAAGACCCCUCAAUAUGCAGCUUUCGCAGCCGACACGGCUGCUUCGUCUUCCACCAGCCUCAACUCGGAGAAGGAGAAGAGGAAUGUCACCAGGGUCCUCAACUCUAAGGUGAUAUCGGCGAGCUUGGGCAACGGGCGCCACAUCCAACUGACUCAGAUGGUGAAGCUGACGAUGAAACAUCUCAAGACUGAGAAUGUCACAAACCCAGCUUGCGUCUUCUGGGAUUAUACGUUGCAUGGCUGGUCUCCCGAAGGUUGCCAAGUGGAGUGGUCCAACCUCACGCACACCGGCUGCGCGUGCUCACAUCUCACCAACUUCGCAAUCCUCAUGGACGUCCAGGGAAUACCAUUGGAUGCCCACCAUCAACUGGCUUUGAGACUAAUCACGCUGAUUGGGUGUGGGAUAUCAGCUGUUGCCUUGUUCGCGGCUAUUAUUGUGUUCCAGUGCUUCAAGAAUAUGAAGUCGGACCGGGUCCUGAUCCACAAGAAUCUGUGCGCGUGUCUGCUGAUAGCCGAGGUGGUGUUCAUGGUCGGCAUCGACCAGACCCAGGACAGGAUAUUGUGCGGGGUCAUCGCCGCUGUGCUGCACUACUUCUUCUUGGCCGCAUUCGCAUGGAUGUUUCUAGAAGGUUUUCACCUAUACGCGAUGCUGGUGGAAGUGUUCGAGCCGGAGCGGCCGCGCGCGCGCUGGUACUGCGCGGGCGCGUACGUGUCGCCGGCGCUCGUGGUCGCGUCCUCCGCCGCCGCCUUCCCCGCCGGCUACGGCACCAGCCGCCACUGCUGGCUCUCCACCGACAGGCUGUUCCUCAUGAGCUUCGUGGGGCCUGUUGGUCUUGUGUUGGCUGCCAACUGGAUCUGCCUAGGAAUGGUUAUCUUCAUGAUGUGUCGGCACUCCACUGUUUCUAUCAAAGCUAAAGACAAUACAAGAUUAUACAAAAUAAGGGUGUGGCUCCACACGUCAAUAAUCCUGGCCUUCCUCCUGGGUCUGACGUGGACGUUCGGCCUGCUGUACCUCAACGAGCAGUCGGUCGGCGUCGCCUACACCUUCACCAUUCUCAACUCACUGCAAGGCGUCUUCAUAUUCAUCUUCCAUUGUUUGCAGAAUGAAGUGUUCCAGAAGGAAUGCGCGCGGCUCGGUCGUCGGCACCGCUGGCUGUGGUGCUGCGCCGGCUGCGCCCCGGCGCCGGCGCACGCGGACACGCGCGCCGGCAGCGUCAAGGGCCGCCGCUACCACGCGCCCGCGCCGCCCGACUCCGAUGACGUCAUCGACCCCCGUGACGUCACUGUAAGUAGUUACAACAUCCAACCGGAGUCUUCAAGGUGGAAUAUCAGACCGACAGCACCAAUUUACGUGCCAAACGACGAAUCGAGAUCUGUGCGCGUUCCAACGCCGCAAAACAUACCACACAGCGCUUCACACACCCAAAGCAUAGCGUCAAUGCAUAGCUACAGAAACAAUAUUGACGUACCAAACGAUUACCAGAACCUUCGAUCUCGGUCGCCAUCUUGCUUCUCUAACAAAAUGGCGGCGUCAGUUGGCGCGAACGAGUGGGCUCUUAUCAAUAAUGGUGGUGGCAUAUGGAAGAACACUUCUUCUAAGCACCACUCGACCAACACUUCGACGCUGCCUCAUCACGACACCCUGUCGAGACAGUUGGCAGCUCAACAGAACCAUCUUCAUGCUCCUUACAACGAGUGUGAAGGAGCUGUAGCCCCUGGCUCCCCUCGGCACGUGAUAAAAGAUGAAGAAAGUCCUUUACAUCAUCAGGGAUACCAAACAACUCGAAGCUACAAUCACGACUUCAGAAAUCCUCACGUCUUCAUCUCUCAACACUCGCCUGGCAGUCAGGAAAUGAUCUUCAGAAAACAUUAUAAAGAAGACGGAAGACGCAAACACCACCACCAUCACGGUAGUCAGAAUAUCAACCAUACGUACUCAGAAAUUGGAUCUCAACAAGGUCGAAUUUAUAGACGCGGAUCUGAACAGGAGUUUCGUGUCAUACAAGACGAUCCUGUUUACGAAGAAAUAGAGAGAAACGAAACGCUUAUGUCUGAUGUGUCUGAUGAUAACUCAGGGCCGGAUAACUGCCGACAGAAUCCAGGUCUUCACGGCUCAUCUGGUUCGAAAUUUUUCGGCGAUCACCGUCCGCUAAUUUCCUACAGCCCAGGAGAGAGGCAUUUGCAUGAGCAGGAAUUGUAUGGAAAAUACGGAAAGUGGGAUACGGCUGAGCGUUACGACCCGAGGCACUAUGAUAGCGGAAGGAUGGUGCAUCCGUAUCACCAGCCUCAAGAAAACAACAUGAGAGCGUUGGCAGCAGUUCUGAAUGGAGAAAAUAACGUCGUUUGCCAUCUCGAGCCCCACAACGCUUACGAUGUCUACCAGACGCAGAGUGGCAAUCCUAGGACUGUCUCCCAACCCAGUUUCUAAACAACCAUGUCAUACUCGUUUACCCUUUAAAAUGACAACUGCGUAAUGAACUGAUGCGACGGAGUUCUAACUCGUGUUUUAUAUGUUUCAAUUUGAGUGUUAGUGACUUUUAUAGACUCGAAUGAACAGUGUACAGACAUAGCGAAUGAAAUUUUUCUAUGGACGUAGUCUUAGUACGUCUUAGUGACACGGUAAAUAAGGUUUCGUUUACAGUAGGAACUUGCCAUAACGUGGACUUUAAUAACAUAUUUAUAGCAUAGUGUAAACGUAAAUUUAAAUCACUUUUUCCACUGUGAUCCUAUUUAAAUAUAAAGGCUCAAGUUUUAGUGUUGCGACCACAUAUAUUUAAAUUUAUAUAUGGCGGUGUUAGGGCGUUUGUACACGCACGUUUGAGGGAGCGCCGAAGAUGAUAAAUUCGUUGCGCGUCAUAACCUACGUGUGUAGGCGCCCUUAGUCUACCUAAUCAUACUGAGGACUUGGGUAAUCAAAUACAAAUAAAAAAUAUAUAAACUAUGUUAGUCUAUAUAUCAAUAUUUGCAGUUUAUAGUAUAGUGUUAUGAAGUACGUUUUCAGACUUAUUCAAGAUCGAAGGCUGGUUAGGCAGACGCAACGUUUUGUACAUAAGAUUAGCGAUUAGUACUAGACUUUUAGUACUUCCGGUGUGCCCUUACUAUCUAUCAGCAAUUUAGUAAAUCAUGGCGUAUUCUAUAUAUUUGCAUUUCCUUUUAUGUAGGUGUAAAAAUCUGUGAUGUUUCAUUUGUUGCAUACAAAGUUAUUAGUUUAAGUUGUGCUUGUCUGUCAAUCACUGCCGUUAUAACAACAGUUAUGGUGACCGCUCUAAUAUCCAGUUAUUAUUUGAUAUAUUUUAAGUAUCUUUCGAUAAAUGUACAAAACCAGUACAAUGUGCUUUAAGACGUCACUUUUUUACUUUUAUGAAUAUUUUUUAAGGGUUUUAAUACCUAAUGCAAUUGCAGUGCUGUCGCCGUUGCUUAGUAUCUUUGUAUAACAGUUUUAUAAUUUUCUAAGCCAACAUUAUACAGCUAUUUUAAUUAUAUUGUAAGCGUGUGUCACAUCAGCUUUUUAUAUAAUUUCCAAAGGAAUUUCGGAAAAAUCCAUCCAACCUAUUAUAGACUGACACCAUUUGAUGUUGUGCACUUUUCUGUACAUUAGAAAUUUAGUGUUAACUUACUUAAAGAAUUAAAAAAUAACAAAAAAUAGUUUAUAAUUUCUACGUAAAGUAGCAAUUUUAAUUUUGAAACAAUGCCAUGAAACCUUUUUAUUUAAAGUACAACGAUAAGGAAUUGUUUUAACAGAAUUGAUGCGAGUACAAUAAAAAGGUUUAACCGUGUUUUUUUUUCUUUUUCGUGUAUAUUUUGAAUCGACUAAGCAAUAUAUUUAGACUGAAGUAUUUUUAUAAAUUUUUGGCCUCUUUUAUUAUAAAUAACACGAUAAUUUUUAAAUAUCAUUUACUGCGGCAAAAAUUUAUGAAAUACUUUUUUAAUGAUGGGAGAAACAUGAUGAAAAAAUGUGGGGAAAUUAUUAUUUUUUCUAUUUGGGUAUACUAGUCCAUCUGUUUCCCGCUGUCUAAUUAUAUGUAAGUGUAAAUUACGUCAUGUGUAUUUCUGUUGUAUACAUAUAUAUUUUUUGUUUUGAUUGUAUUUUAAAAACGUUGACAUUAAUGUAAAGUAGGAGAAACAAAAUGUGUAAAUAAUUUAAAGUUUAUAUAAAUAAAGAGCGGUCAUUCUCAGAGGAUGGCCGCAGGUGAAA